AUGGCCGCCGUCGAAGAAGAUUCGGCGCCUGCAGCAGCAGCCGCUGCCGCUUCCGAUCCCACCGCUGGCUCCAGUGAUAAUGAGAUAACAGUGGAAGAGGCCUCUUUUGUGCAUACUGAACCUCCCCAGGAUGGCAGUGCUCCACCCGUGGUUUCCUCUGAUAUGGAGGUUCUUCAUGAUAAAGUUAAGAAACAAGUCAUCAAAGAAGGCCAUGGCAAGAGACCCUUAAAGUUUGCGACGUGCUUUGUGCACUAUAGAGCAUGGGUUCAAGGAUCAUCUCAUAAAUUUGAGGAUACGUGGCAGGAACAGCAUCCAAUUGAACUAGUACUUGGAAAAGAGAAAAAGGAAAUGUCUGGUUUAGGCAUUGGUGUUGGCAACAUGAGAAGCGGGGAGUGUGCAUUGUUGCAUGUUGGUUGGGAGCUAGGCUAUGGCAAAGAAGGAAGCUUUUCGUUCCCAAAUGUCCCUCCAAUGGCAGACCUUGUUUAUGAAGUUGAACUUAUUGGAUUUGAUGAUAUCAAGGAGGGGAAAGCUCGAAGUGACAUGACAGUUGAGGAGAGGAUUGCAGCUGCAGACCGGAGAAAGAUUGAAGGCAAUGAAUAUUUCAAAAAAAAGAAGCUUGAGGAGGCCAUGCAGCAAUAUGAAAUGGCAAUUGCGUACAUGGGUGACGAUUUCAUGUUUCAAUUGUUUGGGAAGUACAGAGACAUGGCCUUGGCUGUGAAAAAUCCAUGUCACCUCAACAUGGCUGCGUGCCUUAUCAAACUAAAUAGAUUCAAUGAAGCUAUUGUGCAGUGUAGCAUCGUCUUGUCAGAGGACGAAAGUAACGUGAAAGCACUAUUCAGGCGAGGAAAAGCUAAAUCUGAACUUGGCCAGACAGAAUCGGCCAGGGAGGAUUUCCUGAAAGCGAAGAAAUACUCCCCAGAAGACAAGGAGAUCCUUUGGGAGCUCCGGUUGCUCGCAGAACAAGACAAGGUUCUGUACCAAAAGCAGAAAGAGCUAUACAAAGGUCUCUUUGGGCCAAGGCCUGAAGUGAAACCAAAGAAGGCAAACUACCUCCCUAUUUUCUGGCAGUGGCUGGUGUCCUUAAUUCAUUAUCUGAUUCGGAUGUUCAAACAUUUCAUUCUCCUGAUGAAUUCUGUUGCAACUGAAACUGCAGUUGCUCGCAGAGCACAAAAAUCUCAGUUCAUUGCUAUGGUAUUACAACCAUUCUAA